AUGACCAAUGACUCUGAAGCCCCUUUACUGGGCACCCGGAGCGCCGAAUCCUUGCAACGUCAUCUCCUAGUCGACCUAGCAGCCGCCGCCACGGCAGCAGCCUCAAUAUCCCCCAUCAUCACCGCCGCCGACAGAGCCGUCGUCGAAAAUGUCUCAACAGGCCGCCCCCUCAUCCGCACACUAACCAAGCACCUCCUCUGCCCCUUCACCAACCCGCGGCGUUUCUUCGCCACGCGUCCCGUCUUCGUCGUCUGGACGCUCUACGCAGUAACCUACUUCACCGCGAACAUCAGCGAAACGCUCAUCGAGCGGUACCUGCACCCAGACCGCAAAGCCCUCACAGGCACCCUGAUCUCCUCCGCCGUGUUCGUCGUCAACACCCCGCUCAGCGUGUGGAAAGACGUGCGGUUCGCGCAGUUCUUCGGGAACCGCGUCACGGCUGCCGCGAGUCAGGUCCCGAGGUCAGGCGGCUCGCCCGUGACCACGGCCGCGGCGAGCCGCGCUUUGGUGCCGAGGGGCAUGCCGAAGUCCGUGAGCGCGGCGUUUUUAGCGCGUGAUGUUAUUACUGUGUUCGGCACGUUUGCGAUCGCGCCGCAGGUCGCGGCGCUGAUUCCUGAUACUUGGGCGCACACCGCGCAGGCGAAGGCGGAUGUUGCGCAGUUGAUGGUCCCGGCUGCGACGCAGGUCGUGGCUACGCCCGCGCAUUUGUUAGGUCUGGAUUUGUAUAAUCGGCCUGAGACGAAUGGGCUGGUCGAUCGGAUUGGGGGGGCGAAGAGGAAGCUGUUUUCGACGAUGACGAUGCGGGCUGCGAGGCUUAUCCCGGCGUGGGGGGUGGGGAUUAUUUUGAAUAAUCAUUUGAGGGCUACGUAUAGAGAGGGUGAGGGUGGGGAGGUUACUUAG